CCAUGAUCUGAUCACGGUAGUUGCUGAUGGGAAAGGUCGUCUUCGGGGCCAGUUAGAAUAUAAAUUCCGGAUGAUACCACCUCGCUCAAGGCCAGCCACAGCCAAGCCUGGGCAAAUGGCUGCAAAACGAGGAAAUCCUGGGGAAUCUGACAUUGAGCUGAAGGUCAGGCUCAGACGUAUUGGCAGCAACAACGACCGGCUGCCCUUGAGCAUCUGUCCAAAGUACACAGGCAGGAUAGAGAGCGGCAUGGUCGUAAUCGAAGCUACAGCUCUGACCGGUUAUCAGUUCGAUAAAGAAAAUGCAAAAGCCUUAGAGAAGGAUAAAAGGAUGGGAGUGGACAAAGCCGAUUGUGUGGAUAAUGAAGCCAAAAAGGAAAUAUGUUUGAGAGGGAUCUUGCAGGAGGAGCCGUGCAUCGAUUUGGAUCUCUACAAACAUCUGACGGUCGAAAAUGUCGCUCCCCGACCGGUGAAGGUGUACCGCUACUAUGAACCCAGUGUUACCCAAGCCUUAGAGUACUCUCUCGGCGAUUUAACUGGAUAAUCGUAUAAAUGUCAAAUAUUGACCAUGUAUUUUGU